GUUAAUCUCACUGUGGUACACUUACAUUUGCAGGAGUUUCAUGCGGUGUGCAUGAGGUUCUUCGCUGCACACAUUCAGUACCAACGAACAGAUGGAUGAAAGUUUACCUGAACAGAAUGGACGGACGACUCCAGCGAACAAGAAGGAGGAGGAAGAAAUGGAGGUGACCAUGACGUCACAACUGGAAAGUCCCAUUGUGCCCCCCGCCAGCGCAGUUACGUCAUCAAAUACACAAACCCCCCUAGAGGAAAAAAGAGAUGCUGUGCUGUCUGUAGCCCCACUGUGUCAGACGGAUGAGUGUGAGGAGGAGGAUUCAGACAGUGGUAGCUCAUCCUCGUCGUCGUCCUCCUCCUCCUCAUCCUCCUCUUCUCCCACUGUCACCAUUUUUGAGGAUGAAGAUGAGGAGAGUUUCAGCCAGCCAGCCCCCAUCAAAACCCGAGAUGAGGUCCUGCUGGAGGAGCUGCCAGCAGUGGAGGAGUUGUCUGUGUCGUUACCAGAAGAUGCAGAACUGCGGCCUAUAGGAACGAUCUCCAGUAUAAUUCAGCAGCUCGUUGUGAUCCAGUCCCUGAGGGACACGCCCCCUUUGACUGAUGACAGCGUCAUCUUUACAUCUGAUAGGCUGGCUCUUGGAAAGGUGUUUGAGGUCUUUGGCCCCGUGUCCAGUCCACUGUACAUUUUGCGUUUCAACUCUGUGGACCAGAUUACCAACAAGGGGCUGGCAGAGGGACAGACUGUCUAUUACACACCGGGCAUCAAAGAGUACACAAGUUACAUCCUCACACAGCAGCUCAAAGUUUUCAAAGGAUCCGAUGCAUCCUGGAAGAAUGACCAAGAACCACCGGUGGAGGCUUUAGAUUACAGUGAUGAUGAGAAAGAACAGGAAGCUAAGAAGAAAAUGAAAAACUGCAGAAAGAAGAGGGACAACAGCAAUGCAGAUAAUUCGGCCAACAUUACCCAGAAUGCCAUGCUGCAGCAACGUGAUGUCAGAGGUUUCCCACCACCCAGACACUCAGGACCUUCACCCAGGCAUCAGAACCCGAGGAACAAACACCCACAGUUCAGACACGCACACCCCCAUCCCAUGUAUCCCCCCCCUCCCUGCCCCUACCCUCCUCCACCGUCUCACUUUUUCCCCCCACCCAACUUCCCCCUGUAUCCCCCCCCUCCUCACUCUUUCUUCAACCCAUCCUUCUCCUGUCCUCAGUGGCCAGCCAACUCUGUCCCCUUCGCUGACCUCCCUCCUCCUCCUCCUCCUCCUCCCCCACCCCCCCCUCAGUGAUGUAGACGCGAGCUGGACCUCCUGCUGCUGCGUGAAUGAUGUCAUCUGCUUGUAGACAGAUGUGCCACAUGUACCAAUCAAUGGCUGCGCUUGUUAACUGUUUAUUAUGCUUUACAAUCACUAACUAUAAAGUCAUGACAUCACAACCACAUAUUCUGCAGCUCCCCCCCCAUCCCCUCCUCACGAUGGUUACUGGUCGUCCCACAGAUGCUACAAUCAACUUGGAGCAGAGCAGAGAACCUGCAUAUAAUGUCCAAACAAUAUACAACUAUUGUACUGAUAAUGACCUGCACACUGCUGCGUCGGUGGCAGCUGUGUGCGGACACUGUGGCCUUUUUUCACAGCAAGGUGUAAAUGUGACGCAGGGUCCAGUCAUUGUCAGUCCUAUAUCAUAUUGUAUAUUUACUGUAUAUAUUUUUGUACCAAAAUGCUUUCUACAUGUCAGUGUUUUCUGUUUAAUGAGCUGAAUCCACACAUUUCUCUUGUCCAACGUGUGUCUGUGUCCUUCGUUCUCCUCCACCUCUUUCUACCCAGAGGGAGACCAAACGCUGAAUAAAUGAGCGAAUACCACAGUUGAUUUUCUGUCCUCAUUAUGUCCCAAUCUGAGCUCCAAAUCUCUGGCAUCGAGUCCUCAAACACUUGAGGAUUUGACAGUGAAACUGCUGCUGACAUUUCUCCCUCCAUCGAUGCUAUUCCAAAUUUAUAAAACAAAAAAUUGAAUUCACAGACAGCGAAGAGUGCAGAACUUAAAAUGAGAAUUCAAUAGAAUAUUGUAGUUUUUAAUUGUAUUGAUAUUACCUUUUAUAAUGUGUUUAUUUGCCUUUUGUGAAGCACUUUCAAUGCCCUGCUGCUGAAAAAUAUAUAUAUUUAUAAAUAUUUUUCAGAUAUAAUUUUUUUUUUUUUCAUAAGUUUCUAUGAAACCAAAUACAAUGAAGUACUGUAGUCUGUAACCAUCUCCACUGGUCGUAUUCUGAGGUUUCCUCAGCCAGCAGGAAGAAGAGGAGUAGUGGUGUGGCCUUUGUGAUCAGGUCUGGUUCCUGUGGCCUGAUCAUAUCCAUGUAGCGACAAAUGGAAGUCGUUAUGUCUAUCAGCAUAAAGGUUUAGCUUUAGCCUUGAAAUGCUGAUCAAAUAGAGCAUUUGUAUGAGAACAUGGAUGUCAUCAUUUCUUCAUUUAACAAGAAGUCAGCAGGCUGCGUUUACCAUUUCCGUCUUAUGCCUAAGUCUAUAACAUAUCUGUAACAUAGCACGAGAUAAACGCUCGGAUGAGACUAAAACGUUUCAUUUACUUUGUAAUAAAACCAAGCCCAGUA